UCCGAAGGGGCCCCGGCGUCCGGGCCCAACGGCACGGUGGUCUGGAGCGCAGAGGCCGCCUGCGGAGUGGGGCUGCAGACCAGGAGCGUCUCCUGCGCCAGGAGCGGCUCCGGCCACGUCGCGCCCAAGAGAUGUCCAGAAUCCAUCAGGCCUGACGCGGUGCGACCGUGUCCUCUGCUCUGCAAGAAGGACUGUGUCGUUACGCCCUUCAGCGAGUGGACUCACUGCCCAACGACGUGUCAACCAGGCAAUGCCACAGCAAUAAAGCAGUCUCGGUACAGGAUAAUCAUUCAAGAUGCUGCCAAUGGGGGACAAGCCUGCCCAGACACCUUGUAUGAAGAAAGAGAAUGUGAAGAUAUUCCUGUCUGUCCAGUGUAUAGGUGGAAGACCCAUCGAUGGAGUCACUGUGUCUUGGUGCCGGAUUCAGUGAGACAGGAUGUGCUAGGACACAGCGAGGCCUGCGGACAUGGUUUACAAUCAAGAGCUGUUACAUGCCUCACGGAGACCAACGAUUCUGCAGAUGUCAGUGAGUGCUUGACGUGGGCAGGACCUAUGCCUUCCCUUGUGCAAGAGUGCCUCGUUCCCUGCAAAGAUGACUGCACAUUUACCCCCUGGUCUAAAUUCACGGCAUGCUCUUUCGACUGUGAAUCAACAAGAAGUAGAAGACGGUCACUCACAGGGAGAAGCAGAAAGCGAGACAAAUGCCAGGACACAGAAGUUUAUCCUCAAGUCGAAACCGAGCCGUGCCCCUGUGAGACGUUCACCUCCCAGCCCCACGGAAAUUGGUCGGAUUGCAUUAUCGAAGGAGGCCAACCAGAGCUGCAGCCAGGAAUGAGACUUCAUGGAGACACCAGGGAGUGUGGCAAAGGUGUCCGACUGCGAGCGAUCGCCUGCUACGAUAAGACGGGCCGGCUUGUGGAACCGUCUCGCUGCAGCAGUUCUGGUUACAUUGAAGAAUCCUGCACGGUGCCGUGCCCGUUUGACUGCAAGUUGAGCGACUGGUCGAGCUGGGCGCCGUGCAGCUCGUCCUGCGGGUUGGGAGUGAGCGUCCGCUCGCGGUGGCUCAAGGAGAAGCCGUACAACGGAGGGCGGCCCUGCCCUAAGCUGGACCUCAAGAACCAGGCUCAGGUGCACGAGGCAGUCCCAUGUUACAGCGAGUGCAAUCAGUAUGCCUGGGCGGUAGAAGCGUGGUCUCCCUGCAAAAUCGACAGCGAACAGAAUUCCCUCCACUGUGGAGAAGGAAUGCAAACGAGAAAAGUCAGGUGUGUAAACAUUUCGGAGGAACAUGAAGGCGAGACUGUACCCCAUGCCAUGUGUAACCAGUCGGAAAUCCCAGAAGAGACUCAGAGGUGCAGCCUGUAUUGCCCCGGCGAGUGUGCAGUGUCUGCCUGGGGACAGUGGAGCAAGUGCCCACAGGUGUGCGACCCCAACGUCAUGCAGCUGCGGACACGGCAAGUGCUGCGCUCCUCGGUCACCACGAAGCCCUGCCCCGAAGGCUCGCAAAUGAGGCCGUGUAUUCUGAACCAAAACUGCUUCCAAUACCAGUAUAACCUCACAGGCUGGAGCACGUGCCAGCUGGCUGCCAACGCCACGUGUGGCCCCGGGGUCCGGAGGCGCCUGCUGGGCUGCGUGCGCAGUGACGGCAAGGCCGUGUCCCCGCGUCACUGCGAGCAGCUUCACUUGGAGAAGCCGGCGGAGAUGAGCGCCGAGUGUGUCGUGGGCUGCGCCGUGGACUGCCGCCUCUCGCCGUGGUCCACGUGGUCCGAGUGCUCGCACACGUGCGGCGCCGGCGAGCUACACCUGCAAAAGCAGGUUAUGGCUUUCAACAUGCCGCUGGAUUAUGCAGUGGAGCAGUGA